AUGAUUGCUUACCUUCCCCUUGCCGCAAUCGAUUUGAAGCCGCCUCCUGAUGGAUAUCCUUGCAUUGGUGACUUCACCACCACAUGCCUGUCAUUCUUGUUUUCAGGAUCCAGGCUCCACAGAGAGCCUCUAGAUGUCGCUUUGACCAAGACCCCAGAAGGCACUCACACGUUUACUCUGAAGAAGGGAUUUACAAGAUUGACAGCGCCCUUGCUGUUGCUCAUGAUUGCCAGCGACAUGGAUCCCAUUGCUGGGAAGGACAUUGGCGACACCGAGACGCACAGUUUUGAGAACAUACAGCUCAGCUGUCAAGGCGCUGAACGGCAGCGUAAAGAUGUAAUGAAGCUUGCAGCUCGGUUUGAACUACUGAUUCAGCAGCGCCGCCAGCGCGCGGAAUGCAAAGACCAGUCAGAUGAAGAGAUCCUUUCCAUGCUGAUCCAGCGAUACAACUCCUUCAAAGCCAACGCUGCGCUGAAGCGGUGGGACUACAAUCAAGACCUGGAAGCCAUCUUGCUGAGCAAGCCAACCCGAUUCACAGUUGAGAAAUUGGCGAUGUGGCAGGACUACAUUGGACGGACGUUGGCACAAGGCGCUCCAGCUUGCACCAGCGGGGACACUCCAGCGGAAAUUGAAGAUGGGCACUUGAAGGCUGCAGAGUACAAGAUGGCAUGUGCCAACCUGGCUCACGAUUACCGGGAAGCUGUGGCCUACAACCUUAGGCGGCACAAGGUGGAGGGAAGCAAGCAUGUGGCACAAGUAUUGCACAUGAGAGACCAAAUCGAGAUCGGCUUGGACGUCGUCACUCAGUUCACGCAGAAAAGAGCUUUGAUGGUCGUAGGAGACAAGGGUCAGGGCUUGGCAGCCAUGCAACGGCGCAUGGUAGCCGAUGGCACCAACCGCUUCAGUGCCCCAGUGGAAUUGACCAAGAUGCACCACGUGGGCUUCAUUGACUUUAGCAAGUUCGGCAGGUUGACAAUGGUUGAGAUCAAUGCUGCUGUUGAUUGGUGCAAGCAAAUUUUGCAUCAGAACGAGAACUACAGCAUGGUCUUCGCAGUGGCACCCUUGCUUGCCAGCGAGGGUGUGCUUGGUGGUCUACGCGGCGAGAUGCGUAGAAUUGAGGACAAGCUGGUGGACAACGGAAUGGAAUGCAAGACCUGCAGCAUUCCAUUUGACGUCAGCGAGUAUUCCACGCCAGAAAGUGGUACGCUGUUCACCCACGAGCAAGGCACCAUCAAGGCCAUUCUGGAAGCAGCACUCAGCCGAGUCUCAACCAUGAAGCAACAGGGGUGUAUCAUUCAUCACUACACGUGCUACGAUGGAAAUCUCGAGAAGGUCGUGCUGGACAUGAUGGUGGAAUUGAGUGAGAGCUGCUACUUGGGACUUUUCUCCCAGUGCUCCCAGCAAAAUGUUUUUGAGCACGCUGUUACCACCGUGAAGGACAAGCUUUUGGAGGAAUGGAAGCAAGGAGCCAACCUGGUCGAUCCUGAUUGGAGAGUUCGGCUGAAGAACUUCGAUGACGUCUUCAAGCCAAGGGCUGACGCCAGGACAGAACCUACCCCCGCUGCUGCUGCUGAGAUUGACCUAGGCGUCGAAGGGCAAGCAGCGACGGUGACACAUGCAUCUGCGGUCAGCGAUUGCCCAACCCCAUCGGCUUUGUCAAAGGAGAAAUUUGAGCAGCAAUUCCCAACCGUUGCAGCCACUUGCAAUUUGAACAUGGCUGGACAAACCGUUUUGUGCAUGUUUGUUGAUGGAAAGGUUUUUGUGUCCUCGCCAACACACAAGAUCCGAUUGGUUGGCGUUGACAGUUCGAACCCAUGCCCAAUCUUCCUUUACUCCGCUGGAUCAUGGUUGGGAGACUCCUCGAAGGCAAAAGACUACAUUAGCAAGGCUGAGAACCAGAACAAAGCUGUGGAGUUUCGCUUGGAAUCCGGAGAGUCCAAGGUGGUCCUUGAGGAGCAGGGGACGCAAGGUGCUUCAGAUGGACCUCCAUCAUCCCUGUUCACGCUGAUUGUCUAG